AUGUCUGCCCUGCUAGACGAGGCGGAGCGCAUUGCGCGCGAAUUCGAAUACCCCGCGGACCAGGUGCAGCGCGGCGUCGACGAGUACAUCAACCAAAGCAACGAGGGCCUAUCCAAGGAGAACACCACCCUGUCGCAGAUCCCGACCUUCGUGACGGCCGUUCCCAAUGGCACGGAAAAGGGCCUCUAUCUCGCCGUUGACCUCGGCGGCACCAACUUCCGCGUUUGCUCCGUCCAGCUGCACGGCGACACCACUUUCAAUCUGACCCAGUCCAAAAUCAUGAUCCCGCGCGAACUCAUGGCCUCCGGCACCUCCAAGGACCUCUUCCUCUUCCUGGCCCGCCAAAUCGAGGCCUUCUUGCGCAUUCACCACAACGAGCACUUCGAGGCCCACCUACGCCGCCCCCGCGAUGCCAACACUGUAGAGGACAUGUUCGAUCUCGGCUUUACCUUUAGUUUCCCCGUGCGCCAGCUGGGUAUUAACAAGGGCACCUUGAUCCGGUGGACCAAGGGCUUUAAUAUCCCCGACGCGGUAGGACAUGAUGUAUGCGCACUGCUGCAGUCCGCGAUUGAUGAGCUGCAUUUGCCGGUGCGAGUGGCGGCGCUGGUGAACGAUACGGUUGGCACUCUGAUGGCGCGCUCGUACACGUCUCCCGGCGAGACGGGGACUUUUCUGGGCGCCAUUUUCGGGACGGGCACCAACGGCGCGUACGUCGAGAAACUGGACAAGAUCUCUAAGCUCGAGACCAUGGAGGGCGCGCAUUACGAUACCUCGACGGGCGAGAUGAUCAUCAACGCUGAAUGGGGAAGCUUCGAUAACCACCUCAGCGUCCUGCCUAGCACCGUGUUCGACCGUGAGCUUGACGCAGACAGCAACAACCCGGGCGUGCAGAUGUUCGAGAAGCGCGUCUCGGGCAUGUUCCUCGGCGAGAUCCUGCGCCGUGCAUUGCUCGCUAUGCACCAGGACCCCGCGCUGGGUCUAUUCAAGCCCAGCAAAAACUCCAAGGUUAUCUGUCCCGAAAACUCGGGCCUGUACCGGCAGUGGGGUCUGGAUACUAGUCUGCUGAGUCUGGUUGAGGGUGAUACUAGUCCCCACAUGGCAGAGAUGAAGACUGCCAUGUACGACCACCUGAAGAUCGAGAACCUGAGCGAUGUCGAGUGCAAAGCUGUCAAGAUCCUGGUGCAUGCCAUCGGCAAGCGUGCCGCGCGACUCAGCGCCGUCCCACUGGCUGCUAUUCUCAUCCACUCCGGCAAGCUCCAGACCGAGAGCAUGAUCGACGUGGGUGUCGACGGCAGUCUGGUGGAGUUCUACCCCAACUUCGACGGAUAUAUGCGUGAGGCCCUGCGGAGUGUCUCCCAGGUCGGCGAGACAGGCGAGAAGAAGGUCCGCAUCGGUAUCUCCAAGGAUGGCAGCGGAGUCGGAGCUGCGCUGAUCGCCUUGGUGGCAAGCAAAGAUGAGACGCUAAAGACUGCCUCGGAGAAAUGA